GCCUACAGACUCCAUAUCCCAGAAUCCUUCGCGUCCGAUUUCCUCUAAUAUGCUGGCUACAUCCAUCCGGUCCGAGCAGACGAAGGGGAAACAGAUGACCCGUCCGCGGCGUCGAGGUUGACUGAAAACCGCCUGAACGAGCGAGUUUUUAAAAGAUGCAGUGAUACAGUUUACCUCCACAGACUGAGUCCGCAUCCGCUAAACCGGCCCGGCUUCCUGCCCCAAUGCCCCGUCUCCUCUGAGUCCAGGUCCACCCUCUGAACGUCGACCGGCGGCCCGGGGCCUGCCCUGCCCGGAGGGCGUGGCCAGCGAUGGACAGCCGAUGCAGCAGCAGCGCCGACUCGCGGCUGACCGGCAGGGGGGUGGGCUCUAUCAACACCACGCCCAUCUGUGCGAGGGUGGAGUCGUACGAAGCCGGGGAGAAGAAGUGCAUCUCCGACGUGAGGAGGACCUUCUGCCUCUUCGUCACCUUUGACCUCUUGUUCAUCACCUUGCUCUGGAUCAUAGAGCUCAAUGUGAACGGCGGCAUCCAGCAGCAGCUGAAUAAAGAAGUCCUCCAAUACGACUACCACGCCUCUUUCUUCGACAUCUUUCUCCUGGCUGUUUUCAGGUUCGCCGCCCUCAUCUUGGCCUACGCCGUCUGUAAGCUUCGUCACUGGUGGGCCAUCGCAGUCACCACUGCAGUCAGCUGCGCUUUCCUGAUCGUUAAAGUCAUUUUAUCAAAGCUGCUGUCUCAGGGGGCCUUUGGGUACCUGCUGCCCAUCAUCUCCUUUGUGUUGGCCUGGAUAGAAACAUGGCUGCUCGACUUCAAAGUUCUGCCUCAGGAGGCCGAGGAUGAGAACAGAUAUCAGUCCAUCAUGGACGCCGCAGAGCGAGCUCCUCUCAUCGGUCCGGGUCCUUUAUCCGACGGACAGUUCUACUCUCCACCGGAGUCUGUGGCAGACUCUGAUGAGGAUCUGGAUGAUAAACACGAUCCAGAAAAAGGGCUCAUUCAGCAGGUGACUUAGCAGGAGUCUCCACUUCUACGUUUUUCUCCUGCGCUUGUCGUGCUACUGAGGGAAAAUUCUGCCUUACACAUUCUGACGGUUUAGUUUUUAUUCAUCUCACAGAAGUCUUUCGUAUACUCACACCCGUGGAUUCACUCCGGUUCCUGGAAUCAGCCUUCUGCACGUGCACACGGAUUGGGAAAAGUGCCACUUUAAAAGCAAUUUCAGUAUCAUGACUUGUGUUUAAUUUUUUUUAUAUGUGCUUAGUUUUUCCGGACCUUUCUUGGGGACGAUUCAUAUCAAUGGAUAUUUCUAGAGAAAAUUGCACAUUGCGUCUGAGGCCCCCAGAUGCGCGAGGUCAUACAAAAAUUAAGUCAGCGCAUUUUAGAUUUAAUUUCAGUAUCGAACCAACAGUUUAUUUUCUUCUCUAAGGUGUUGCUGUUUUAUACUUCCAACGUCGUGUUUACUUUUAAUUUGUCGGAUCAUUUUCAAAUGCUCUGGUUUGAAGUCGCUGUAAAAGCAAAAUAAGCUCGCUCCAUAGACUCCGCAUUAAGAAAAGAAUGAUUUUUUUUUUUUCGGCCAGUAUUGAGUUUAUGGACCACGUGUGUAGCAGAUAAGGGGCCGAAUAUAUUUGCCGAACAGCUCUUAGAAAUGUAUCUGACUACUUCCAGGUCUUUUAAAAAAAAAAAAAAAAAAA